UUUUCUUACCGCCAAAGACAAACAUGAAGACUUCAAUCUUUGCAUUUUCCAUCAUAUUUUUUCUCUUCACCAUAGAACUCUUCAUUUGCAUAACUGCUGCAGCACCUGAACCAGUGCUUGAUAUCUCAGGCCAGGAACUGAGAACAGGUGUCAAGUACUACAUUUUACCAGUGAUAAGAGGGAAAGGUGGUGGUUUAACAGUUGCAAGCACCGGUAACAACACAUGCCCUCUUUUUGUGUUGCAAGAGAAGCUUGAAGUGUUGAAUGGCACCCCAGUUACUUUCACACCCUGGAAUGCUAAAGAUGGUAUCAUCCUCACCUCAACUGAUCUCAACAUCAAGUCCCAUGUGACAACCACCACUUGUGCUCAACCCCCAGUGUGGAAGCUUCUCAAAGUGUUGACAGGAGUGUGGUUUUUGAGCACUGGUGGUGUUGAAGGCAAUCCAGGUGUUGACACCAUUGUCAAUUGGUUCAAGAUUGAGAAAGCUGAGAAAGACUAUGUGCUUUCUUUCUGUCCCUCAGUCUGCAAAUGCCAAACUUUGUGCAGGGAACUUGGGUUGUUUGUUGAUGAUAGUGGGAACAAGCAUUUGGCUCUGAGUGAUAAAGUUCCAUCCUUCAGAGUCAAGUUCAAGAAGGCUUAAUUUCCAACCAAAUCAAUGCAAGCAUGAAUAAAAUAUUAGUGAAAAUCAGACUAGCCUUUCUUUUGGGAUGGACAUGUUUAUGAUAAGUGUUCUGCUGAACGUAUGCUUUUGUCUAAGUGUAAACACACCCUUUGGUGCUCAUUUUGAGAAUGAAAAAGCUCACUGAUCAGAGAUCCAU